UUAUCACAGCCAGGCAAAAACUCUAUGUCAGAAUUGGAGAAGCGGGAGAGGCGAGCCAUGGAGAGGAAGCUCUCCGAGAUGGAGGAAGAGCUCAAACAAGUAGAAAAGCUAAAAUGUGAGAACCAAAAGUUGAGGGACGAGAACGGAGCCUUGAUCAGGGUCAUCAGCAAACUGUCCAAGUGAUACCAACGCAAUGGUUACUUUGUGUUAUAUUUAUUUAUUAUAGUUUAAAAUUAUCAUUAUUGAUGUUAAUAGCGAUAUUUGGUUGGAGCCUGCUCACAGCCGUUACCAAACGUUGUAUAUAGUUUCCUAUGAGAUUUUAGUACGUACAUUUAUAUAUAUAUAUACCUUUUUAUUAUUCUUUUUCGAUAAACUUUUGUAUAAGGCCAGUGUCUAUCCUAGUGUCUUAACACCAGUCUGAUUGGAGAAACUGCUAAUUUUAUUAUUAUAUUUUAUCAUUUAACUUUUAUAUUAUAUACAUUAAGAACAACUCUGAAACUCUGUUGAUAUUAUCGUCACCAUGGUAUUUUAUUGUAAAAAUCUACCAUAUUUUAUAAAAGUCAAAUGCCACUUUAAGGUUUAUGGUUUUCUUAACUUAGCUGAUGAUGUAUCGCAUUUUAAAUGCAUUUACUAUAACACAUUAUUGCUAUUAAAUAUUGCACUGUAAAGUUA